AUGACGCUCGCCAAGCAAGGAAGGAUGAAAAACUUCGGCCAUGGCGUGGGGUACCAAUCUUUCGAACAAACAGUGCAUUGCAGAUUGCAUACACCUCUGGAGGUCAUGAAACCAACAAAGAAUUUUUACAACGAUUUCACAUCGGUAGACUGGGUACAGGACUAUCUUCGAAACAUCCGAUAUAAGCAGCGAUUGAGAAGUCUACCUGGACUGAAGGGAUAUGUCCUCCGAGUUUCGGACGGUGUUAAAGAUUGGUUGUUGAUCGUCACGGUGGCGCUGGUGUCCUCAGCAAUCGCGUACGCUAUUGAUGUUAGCGAGCAGCUCUUGGUGGACCUGAAGCGGGGUUAUUGCGAGGGGAACGUAGUUUACAAUGAGCAGCAGUGUUGCGUGGCCUUCGGAUGCGAAAACUGGCGGCUAUGGUCUGAGGUAUUUAGUUGCAAUGAGACGACGAGGCUGCGGGGAGACUUUGUCAUCUAUAUUGUACUUAGCUUGCUGUUGGCGUUGCUGGCAGUUCUAAUCACACUGACCACACGUAAUGAAACACCAGAAGGAUCACGUACAAGUGAAACAGCGCCGCGUGCCAUAUACUGUGCAUAUGGUAGCGGAGUACCCGAGGUGAAGACAAUUCUGUCGGGGUUCACUAUUAGGCGUUUCCUAGGUUCAUACACGCUUUUAAGCAAGUCAACUGCACUUGUAUUUGCAAUUGCGUCUGGUCUCUCUCUUGGGAAGGAAGGUCCGUAUGUUCAUCUAGCAACUUGCGUGGGAAAUAUUUGUUCGCGGAUGUUUAAGAAGUUCAAGAAUGACGGUAUCGAAAGGCGCGUAAUACUUUCGGCUUCCGCUGCAGUGGGGGUAACGCUGGCGUUUGGCUCACCUCUUGGGGGGGUUUUGUUUUCCUUUGAGGAGGUGAGCUAUUAUCUUCCAGGUAAUCAGCUUUUCAAAACGUUCUUCGCAGCAAUCACCAGUCACCUAUUUCUUAUAAUUCUUAACCCAUACGGCACAGGAAAGGCUGUUUUAUUUGAGGUAUCAUACCAAUCUAACUGGAGAUAUUUGGAGAUUGUUCUAUAUGUGCUAAUCGGUGCAGCAGGUGGUGUUUAUGGUGCCUUAUUCAACAAGUUCGUGAAUUUCUGGGCUGAUUGGUUCAGGAAAAAACACCAUAUGAAGGCCUAUCCUAUUAAUGAGGUUCUUCUGGUUUCACUGGUAACCGCUUUGCUAACAUUUUUCAACCCCUACACUAAUAUAGCUGUUCCGGAGUUGCUAGCGAAUAUAGCUGCUCCAUGUUACUCCAAGGAUGACUUUACUGGCGAUCAUGGUUUAUGCCCGAAGGACAUAUCUAUAUUUCCUAAAGAGCUAUAUCCUCUCGUCUAUGCGUUAGGUGUCAAAAUUGUGCUGACCAGUUUGACCUUUGGGAUUAAAGUCCCUGCUGGCAUAUAUGUUCCUUCGAUGGUGAUCGGAGCCCUUUUUGGCAGGAUUUUUGCGAUGUAUUUCCAGUACUAUGCCUAUCACUACCAACAAUACUUCAUAUUCAACCGCAUUUGUCCAUCUCUUACGGAAGAUGGGAUAUGCGUUGAUCUAGGCAUAUAUGCUAUGAUAUCUGCAGGAGCUUUCAUGGCGGGUGUUACAAGAAUGAACAUUACGCUUGUCACGAUAAUGUUUGAGCUCACUUCGUCUUACAACCACGUCGUACCAAUAUCUAUUGCAGUUGCCGUAUCGUUAUUCGUUGCUAAUAUCAUUGAGCCUAAGGCGCUGUACGAAAUGCUCAUCUUGAAGAACGAUUUCCCUUAUCUGAACAAAUGCCGAUCACAUGAUUUCAGCGAGGGCGAGUUCGGUCUACCUGAAUUAAUAACGCGACUGGAUACUACAGGAACAUCCCAUCUAGCGAGAAUCGAUGUCAGCAAAGAUAACUAUGUGUCAGCAGAGUUGUUAAGAAAUACUGCAAAUUUUGUCCGCAGUGGCGACCUAAUAGACGGUUCAAUCCCAGUGAUCAGACAUGGCAAGCUGAUUUCGAUGCUUCCGAUACCGGAAUUGGAUCUAGCUCUAGAUGAGUUAGAGGUUUUUAUCUCCUCGGCCCAUAUAAGAGACAUUCACAUUAAGGUUGCAGAUAUCGAAGAUCGUACCUUCAGAUUUGCUGAUGAUGAUGGUCUAAACGUGACACCAGAUAUUCUAGCCCCCCAAUACGACGAACAGCGGAGCGAAACUGAGUUGCCACUACUGAUCAGUGCGGAUGUGAUAAUUGGUACAUUAAAUGCGCUGUGUGACUUGAGACCAAUUAUUGAUACUACACCGAUUAUGUUGGAUAUACGUUCCCCGCUUUCUCUCGUUGAAUAUGUGUUCAUGAGGCUUGGAAAUAGAACAAUUGCCAUAAUUGAUAACGGCGUCCUGGUUGGCAUUCUUCACAAAAAGCACUUUAUUGAUAAGUGUAGGAACAGGAGGCUACUCUAG